CAUCUAACGACUGGCAUUCCUGCUUGCUCCCGUUGGUAAAACCAGGGCCAUCAUCGAAGAAGCGCGGAACUCCUCGUCGCUCUCGUCGGUUUUGUUGUUUGGUAGAGGUGCGUGUUGUAUAUUCUGUGCGCUGCUUCUCUGCGAUAAUCGUCAUGGCGCGAGUACGCCGCAUGAAAUGAUAAGCGCGGAACGAGAUUUGCUGCGUGCCGGCCAAGCGUUUGGGCGAACAAGCUAACCGUGUGCGUUGGCACGCAAGAGCGGCGGUCAACCUCCCCGGACACGGGACUUCACUGUGCUAGCGAAUUUCUAUUAUUUGGCUGUCUCCCGCAAAUCACAGAAAGAAUUAUUUCUGCGGUGGAAAAUGAACGCAUCUGCCUUAAAAUCAACAAUACCUGAAAUAGGUACAUUGCCGACUUCUACCAGCCAUUCCAUGCUCCCCAUGAAUGCCAUGGCACAGAAAGUAGUACCAGGAUCAGAAUCCGGAUCGAUGAAACCUCUGACAGGAAGUGGACUGAGUUAUGUCACACUGCAACCACCCAGUCAACCACUUAGUUUAGUGCAAGACCACAGACCUUCAGUGUAUCAGACUCCACCUUACAUAGGUAGCAACAUGGAGAAGGAGCCAGAAAAUGAGAAAUUGAUUCCGAAUGGUGUGGAAAUUACAAAGACAGAAACUGAGCAAGAAGUACCUGCUGUUGUAAAGCAGAGUGAGUCCAACAGAAACAACAACUUAAGCCCUGAAAAUCCUGUUCAAGAGCAACCAUGUGAAAUGCCGCCGGAACAGCUAACAUCCAUAAUGGAACUUCCAAUAAAUACUGCAGUAUGCGUACCAGCACAAAAUAAAGUUGAGGAAAAGAAAACUCCUGUAAAUAAUGGAUCAAAAGAAUCAGAUGGCAAAGCCAUUAAUACUCCUGUACAUACAAAACAGUCUCCACACAAGCCAGAAGAUACACAAGUAAAGAAUGAAGUUUCAAAACCUAAAAUAACUGGUCAAACUUCUAAGGUAGUGAGCGAUAAUGCUGCUGCCACUUUAACUACUACAUAUAAACCUGAUGCAAAAAUUACUACCUCUCCGAAGACAGCAACUAAACGAAAAUCAAGAGAACUGAAAGAUUUGAAAGCAUCAUCUGCUGCGAUUGCUGAUGGGGCUAAUAAACCUAAAAGAAAUCGAACUCAAACACAGCCCUAUCAAAGUCCUUUACCAGAAUUUGCUUUAUUGGUGAAAAACCUUAACAAAGCUCCAGCUUCUAAGGCUCCUGAUGAUAAGCUUAUCGUCUUCUACAAGAACGAAUUUUUGGCUGUAAGAAAUGCUGAAGGUAGCUUUUAUGUCUGCCAAGCCAUGCAAAACAUUUAUAAGUCGAGCAGACGUAUUCGCAUACGUUGGCUGUCUCAAGAUACAACCAACGGUGAAUUUUAUUCGCCGGAUUUCUAUGAUACUAUAGAUUUUGAUUGUAUAUUAACAAAUCUGAAUCUAAACAAAGUCGACAAACAUAAGUUUUGGUUAACCAGAAUAGAAUUACUGCGCACAGAAAAUAUCCUGAAACGAGCUAUCGAUGUUGAGGCCGGGGUAUCUGAGAAACCUCGGGUUACAGAAGAACAUCCUGAUGGACUGGAUCUAUCACUUUAUAAAGAUGAAUCUCAGUUGAAAAGAAGAAAAGGCGGCCUUCACGAUAAGGCAAAUCAGCGCAAAAAAUCUAAACGAGUGACAAGUUCUACGGAUGAUGACGCAGACGAGGAAGAGUCGGAUCGAAUUCGGAAAGCGCCAAAAGCGAGCCGUGCAAAGAAACGAUCUGUCAAUAAAACACUGGCCAUCGCCAAGUCCGUCGCAAAAGGCACUAGCAGGGCGGAGAGAGCGCUAAACAGAAGCACAAAGUCCGCCAAUAAUCUAGGCAGUGACGUUGAGACUGCAGCUGUUACCUCUGUUGCUACAACUGCUACUAGCAUAACUGCUACUACAGCAGCUGCUACUACCGCUUCUACCGCAGCUACAACUGCCGUCAGUCCCGCUACUACCAAUACCCCCGCCGUGGUGGAUACCAAAAGUAAUGCAGAAACGAAAAAGUUGGAUUUGAAGAAGAACGGCAAACAGCAAAGUAACAAUAACGCCAGAGGAGUUUCAAAAACAAAACUCGAAGGUUCUGCUCAACCCAUACAACAAGGUAGUAAAUCGGCAGGGCGUCCCAAGCGCGUGGCCGCCACUACCGGUGUUGUUUCGACCGAGGAGGCAUCUUCUCCGAGAAAAAAACCACGCGGUCGAGCAUAAAACUAACUUAACGCAGCUUUUUUAUAGUAUAGUUACAGCCGAGUCUGUAUCGUAGGCAAUAUGUACGUGUGGUACACUUGAAAUUGCGAUCAAUUUGUUAUGUAAUAUAUACGGAAUAUAUACAAAUAUACGGAUUUCGAGAUUCUUAAAUGUAUCAUGUGCUGCGAUAAUAUUAUAGUCCAAUGAUACGGGAUCAACGACUUGUAUCUCUGAUUCGCCAAGUCGCAUUUGACAAAAAAGAGAAGUUAAAAAAUAAAAAAAGAUUCAGAGAUUUAUGCGAGCGAUAUUGUGAUAUCAUACAAAAUUUGUACAUAUCGUCUACGUCUCAGACUCCUUCAGGAGAAGAAAGUCGUGGAAUGUGUGGAAGCGGUACCUUGAGUUGAGUAAUAAACUAAUCUACAGGGUGUCACAUACUAAUGCACUCUUGCAAUAGUCUAUUUUUGAUGUUGUGAGUGAACCAUACGUGAUUCAGUUGAUUUUAAUGUACACUUUCCAUUGAAUAUGAUAUAUACUAUGUACAAAAAUAUACGUGUCUAGGAGGAUGGAAGUUAUGUAUUCUGUAAAACAAGGAGGGAGAGAGAGAGAGAGAGAAAAAAACAGGAAAAGAUACACAGAAACGAGAAAAGAAAUCGUAUCGGCGAAAACGAGAACAAUCCCGAAUAAUGCCGAUCCUCCGAGCUAAUCCUCUAUCGAUCGGUAAAGGAUCUCGAAGUACAAUAUACUACUGUACAUUAUGCUGAAUCCUUGCUGUUAAAAAAAAUAGCACGUAAUGGUCCAGCGCCUAUAUAAAGACAGGCAGAGUUAAAAAGUGCCCUGAAUUGUCUCUUUGUUGAGCCAAGAAUUUGCGAGUGACUCGCGAGCGGAAAGUAGCACGUUGCUUAUAGUUUGUUUUCCCUUUUAUUAAUUUGCAUUUGCGACGACCCGUCAUUGUAAAAUCGCAGGGUUCGUACUAAGCAGAGAGACAGAGAGAAAGAGAGAGAGAGAGAGAAAGAGCGAGAGAAAGAGCGAGAGAGUGGUGCCACAUUAUUACGAUUUAACCACAUAGAUGUAAUUUUAGGUGAAGAGAAAAAAACACUUAUUUAGAUCGAUAAAUCUUGAAUAAGUCUUAAAUUGUAUAAAUUUUGAUUUUAAUGUUAAUUUUAGCUCCUUUUUUUCGUCAAAGAUUAUAGUAUAACGAAGUGUAUAUUUAAUAAGAUAUGUUAGACGAUUAUAUGAUUUAAAUGUUUUGCCAAAAUUUUUUAAUUCAUAUAUAUUUUAAUAUGUAGAGCGUAUAUAUUUUAUAUUCUGUCGAUGUACGUUCGUUGCUAAGUGCGCAAAGCUUACAUCAGUGUUUUUUUUUUUUUUCCUCAAAGAAAAGCCAUUAGAACAUGUAUCAUUUAAUUGUGUAAUGUGUAAUAAGACGUAUAUAUUUGUUUCUUUUUCUACAUUAUGACAGUACAUACUAGAAGUAUGAGAAUAAAUCUUGCGAAGCAAAUAGAUUAUUUAUAAUGUUAUAAGAAAUCGACGACUCCGAGCGUGAAUGUGGGAGUGCUCGUACAUCGUCGAUUACAAGGAUGCUAAUGGGUUUUUUGACUAAGAUUCUGUAAUAUGUGUAAACGUAUUUUAUACAUCGACUGUUAAGAUAUUGACGUUUUCUUGCUUGAUUUCGCCCGAACACGUGUACAUAAAGCGAUUAGAUAAUCAAAAUUGUGCAUAUGAAUGUCGAGGAUUUCUCUGUGGCGUUUUGAGUGAAAUCAGGGCGAUUACAUUGCGAUUUUUUUAGUUUAGCACGUAUUACACAACACCCGCUUUUUGUUUACCGAGUAAUAAUGCAACCCUCAAUAUGCGCUUGUUGGUUUUUUGAUAGUCAUGAGUGCUGUACAGUGAACGUUGGGUGCAAGUAUGCGACUCCGCAAUGCAAUUUUAAGAGAAGAAAAAAAAACAGAACAGCAUAUCGAUCUCUGUUCGAAAAAUAGAAUAUGAUAUAAUUGUCAUAAUUAAAUGGUUAAGGUGGAUUUAAUUCUGGGACACAUACACACACACACACACACACACACAUACACACACACAAGAAUAAGAUAUCAAUCUUGUCAUUUGGUUCAUUGCACAUUGUAUUUGAGAAAUAUACGCGUAUAAGACAUACUGUGUGUAUAAAUUUAGUAAAGAAUUCUCUAAUAACAAUAUAUACACACAGAAUUGUUUGCUCAUAUUAUUAUUACUUAAUUUUGCCAUAGGAAUACUUAUGCAUCUCUUUUUUUCUUUUUCAAGACAAGGUUAGCAACGUGCAAUCAGUAAAUGCAAUUAUGUGUAAUUAUCAGCAUGUAAGGCGACACGAUAAAUUCAUCAUUCAUUGAUUAACAACAUUGACGCAGCUUUUAGAGAUUGUUCUUUAUCGACUUUAUUAGAUAUGUAUACGACCAAAAUAUCUGGACAAAAUAUAAUUCAAGCAUAAAACGUUGCGCGAGAAAUGAUUCUUUUCGCUCACGAAAAUUUAUUUCGUAGAUUUUCGUCGUUCUCUCAAAUGGAUAUUUCACGUAUAUAAUUUUCGUCUUACGCUCUGACAAUUCUAAAUAAAUAAGAACAAAUGUAUCACCAAAUGACGAUAUUGUCAAUGCUAUGUACUUGCAUCUAAAACAAAAGUACCAUUUGCAACGAGAAACACAUUAAAAAUUCUAUAAAUGCAAUUACAUAAAUAAAAAAAGAACCUAUGGGAGCACUUUUGACUCGCGUAACGAUUAAGUGUCUUAACGUUAGCUCUUAUUAGACAUAUAAGCGCUUCGGAUGCUGGUUUGCUAAAGUAAUCAAAUAAACUAACUGUACGAUGUAUAUAUUCGUUGACAUAUAUCGAUCAUGGCAUCGAUAUGUAGGAUUAAGUGAUUAUCUUUCUCGCACUAUUUUAUGUUCUUUUCUUUUAAUUAACUUGUAGUGGCAAUUACAAGUAUAUAAUGUGUAUAUAUUCUCGGUCGGACAUUCGCAAGAAUGAAUCGGCUUUGCACGGUUUUUUCGUAAGUGGAUAAGUCUUUUUGCUCGAUUCGGUAAUAAAAUUUUAAUAAAAGAAAACAGAUAAAUAUCAGCA